CAUAUCAAUACGAAAACUUCCAACUACGCUUCACACAGUCUUCUCUAAUCUUUUCAUUGGUGUGAUUGAACAAUUGUCUUGAAGAAUUAUUCCACAAUGAAACUGCUACUACUAAUUUGCUUGGCCGUUGUAACUGUUGUCAGUCCGGCAUUGUCAAUGAGCAGCGGUGAAGAGCUUUUAAGGGAUAUGCGCCUCAAAAUGAUACAGAGAUAUAUUCAACAAAACCACCAAAUCAAUCAAAUUGUCGAUAAGCUAGAAACAUUUUGCCCAGGAUAUAGAGAAGAUUUCAUAGAUGCGAUCAAUGAAGUUCAAAGGUGUACAGAUUCCAUUGACGAGACUGAGGAAACAAUCUGCUCAACUGUAAGAAACCAUUUCUCAAGAUGUUUGAAACCAAUCGUUAAAGUUUUCGAAAAAUGUCUUCCCGACAAAUCAAGGGAACUUCCUUCAUUCAUGGUGGACACUUUCAUUUCCACGUCUAACCAUGUGUGUAGAAUUGAUGGAGAGCACAUUUUUGAAUUGUCAAACCCUUGUGUACAAACUCCUAGUUAUCGUAUGAGACGUUGUAUGCUGAAGGUUCACUUGAAACUAGAAGAAUAUUCUUCAGAAGUACCAUCAAAAGCUGAAAUUUGCAAUUUCAUCAAAUCGCUGAAGGGGUGCUUCAAGUCACAUUUAUCUCUCUCUUGCGGAAAUCCAAUCACCAGAGAAGCAUUCAUGGAUUUAUUUGAAACCACCAUGAAGCGUUGUGAUGACGACAAAACAUGGACCAAUGAUAUUAAAGAUGUCGAAGUUAUCAUGAAUGGAAUUCCGAAUCCUGAGUAAAAAAAUGAUUAUAAUGUUCGAAAAUUGUAAUGUAUUAUUUUAGGCAUAAUAAGUAAAUAGAUUAGUACCUAAUAAAGAAAACACUUAAUAAACGUUUUAACUGAA